AGUCGAUCGCAAUAUUUCUAUUUCUCAAAAUGUCGUGUAGAAUUCUGAUAUCCUUCAUGGUAAUGGUAACACUUACCAGUUACGUUGCUGCCAGGAGAGGAUCGGAAGACGUUGAAGAGGUUCAAGAAGAAGGUCCAUUAGGUGAAGAACAAGAAGAGGAAUUUGACGAGGAGCGUCCCCGUGGUGAAGAAGAUGUUGAGGAAAUUGAAGAAGAAGGCCCAGAACGUGAAGAAGAAGCUACGGAAGUUAACGAAGUUAAAAAACCAAGAGUGCCAUUUCAGGGAUUUUUAAAUAAUUUCCAAGAGCAACAUAUCUAUACAGAAAAUCUUCCGGGAUAUGAGUAGUUCUCUAAAACCAAAUACUAUCUAAAUACAAAUUAAGAAUUAAAAUAAAACUAUGAA